CUUCCACUGUGAGCCGAGAGCCCGGGCUGAGCCGCUGCUGCUCCCCAGCGGGGUCUGUGCGGGGCAGACCUGCAUUAACACCCCCCCCCCCCCGCCGUGUGCCCAGCCGGGGGGACUUUCUCCGGUGGCUGGAACCAGCCCCUGGGGCAGCCCCGGGCUCUGCCGACACCAGCCCCUGAGCCGGAGCCUGCAGAUCUCUCCGAUGGAGCCAGCGGAGGAGCCGGGCCCCUUGGAUGCAGAGGAAGGGGAGAUCGUGAGAGGCACCUGCACAGAGGAUGGGAUGGUGAAGAUAAAGGAGGAGAAUUGUCUGGAGGAAGCAAAAUCACAUUUGAGUUUAUUGGGAAUGUUGGCAGGGAAAGUUUCCUCGAGUCCUGAGCAGGUGGCGGCAUGUGACUCUCAACACAUAUCAGACAGUCAGGAAAAAAUUCCUGGAGAGACAUCACAGGGUAAAGCCACUUCCACUGGCAGAGCUCUCAGGAAAACUAAAAAUAACAAAGCCCAUCAGAGAAUUAACACUGCAGAGAAACCUUAUAACUGCCCUGAGUGUGGCCAAAGCUUCAAUGUGAGCUCAGACCUUGCUGUGCAUCAGACAAUCCACACUGACGAGAGACCCAAUAAAUGCAUGGAGUGCGGGGAAAUCUUCAAUCGGAAAUCAAUCCUUGUUACUCACCAGAGAAUCCACACUGGAGAGAAGCCUUAUAAGUGCCAUGACUGUGGGAAAAGCUUCCGUCAGAACUCAACACUUAGGACACAUGAGAAAAUCCACAGGGCAGAGAAACCCUAUGAGUGCCUACAAUGUGGGAAAAGCUUCCAAGUGCGCUCCUACCUUCUUAUGCACGAGAGGACCCACACUAUAGAUAAACCCUUUAAAUGCUCCGACUGUGGGAAAAGCUUCUGUGCAAGCUCUGACCUUACGAAACAUCAGAGAACCCACACAGGAGAGAGACCCUAUAAAUGCCCCGACUGUGGGAAAAGCUUCAGUGACUGCUCAGCCUUUAUAAAACACAAGAAAAUCCAUGUGGCAGAGAAGCCCUAUAACUGUAUUGACUGUGGGAAAAGCUUCCGUGUGAUUUCAGCCCUUACUGUACAUCAGGCAAUCCACUCGGGAGAGAGACCCUACAAGUGCCCUGACUGUGGGAAAAGCUUCAUCCUGCGCUCAUGCCUUAUUAGACAUCAGAGAAUCCACAGUGGUGCUAAACCUUAUACAUGCCCCGACUGUGGGAAAAGCUUUCGUCUGAGCUCAACCCUUUGUACUCAUCGGAAAAUCCAUACAUCAGAGAAACCCUAUGAGUGCCUCAAAUGUGGGAAAAGAUUCCGAGUGAGCUCCUACCUUCUUACGCAUGAGAGGAUUCAUACUGUAGAUAAACCUUAUAAAUGCCCCGACUGUGGGAAAAGCUUCAAUGUGAGGUCCUACCUUAUCAAACAUCAAAGAAUCCACAUGGGAGAGAGACCCUUUAAAUGCCUUGAGUGCGGGAAAAGCUUCAAUCGCAGAUCAACUCUUAUCACCCAUCAGAGAAUCCACACUGGAGAGAAGCCCUAUAAAUGUCCUGAUUGUGGGAAAAGCUUCAGUGUGAACUCAGACCUCAUUGUACAUCAGAGACUCCACACGGGAGAAAGACCCUAUAAAUGCCUUGACUGUGGGAAAACUUUCCGUCUGAGCUCACACCUUACUAGACAUCGGAGAAGCCACACUGGUGAGAGACCCUAUAAAUGCCUGGUCUGUGGGGAAAACUUCAGUGACUGCUCAGGACUCAUUAAACACAGGAGAAACCACACAGGAGAAGAACCUUAUAAAUGCCCUGAGUGUGGGAAAAACUUUAGUGUGAAUUCAGCCCUUAUUGUACAUCAAAGAACCCACACAGGAGAGAGACCCUAUAAAUGCCUUGUCUGUGGGAAAAGCUUCAGUGACUGCUCAGGACUCAUUAAACACAGGAGAAUCCACACAGAAGAGAAACCUUAUAAAUGCCCCGAAUGUGGGAAAAGCUUCAGUGACAGUUCAAGCCUUAUUAAACAUAAGACAAUCCACACAGGAGAGAGAAUCUAUAAAUGCCCUGAAUGUGGGAAAAGCUUUAGUCACAGCUCAGCCCUUUUGAAACACCAAAGAAUCCACACAGGAGAGAGACCCUUUAAAUGCCUGGACUGUGGGAAAAGGUUCACGGACAGCUCAGCCCUCCGGAGACACCGGCGAAUCCACUCAGAAGACAGGCCCUAUAAAUGCCCCGACUGUGGGGAACGAUUCAGUGUGACCUCAGGCCUUAUUAGACACCAGAAAAUCCACACUGAGGAGAGACCUUUUAAAUGUAGUGAGUGUGGGAAAAGCUUCCAGUCAAACUCACUUCUUAAAACACAUCAGAGGAUCCAUACGGGAGAAAAACCAUAUAAAUGCCCCAAGUGUGGGAAAAGCUUCCGUCAGAGCUCCCACCUUAUAAGGCAUCAGAAUAUACACAUGGAAUAGGUGUUCACAAUGUUUUUCGUUGUUGCUUUUGUUAUGGUGUUUCUCACAGUUCUGCUACACUCCGUCAAAUGGGGAUGAUGGGAUCUAUGCUUGACUGGAUGUUACAGGGUACGGAUGGAUUUAAAGGGUCUGUGCCAUGCCCUGGACACAAAGGCAGGCCCCCUGGCCUCAACACCUCCAAGACUGAGCCUUUGGACUCCAGCACUCCUGUUCCUCACUCUGAGCUCUGCCCAGUGAAUCCAUCUAAG